AUGAGUGAAUAUAAAGAAGAAGAUAAUUAUUAAGAUUACGACGAUGAAGAAGAGUAUGAAUAUUACGACUAUGAUGAUGAAAAUAUUUAAGAUAAUAAUCAAAAUUGUUUUGGUCAAUAUAUUAAUUACAGUUUUUAGGAAGGAUAAUACAUUAUAUUUAAAACAUGUCCUCUUUAUGGAUGCAAAGAAAGAAUAGGAUUUACUUAUUAUGCCCUAGUCCUAAUUGCUAAUAUGUAUAAGCUUGCUCAUUCAAAUCUUCUUUAAAAGACUGUUAGCAUAACAUAACGUGUAAAUGUAGUUUGUUUUGGUGAUGCUCAUCUUCCAUGCAGUUGUGAAAUGCUAAAAAACUGGCUAAUAUUACUCGGAGGUAAGAGUUCUGAGAAUUUAAAUGACACUUGGAUUAAAAUGAAUACAAAAGACUGCCCUAAAUGCAAGACUCAUAUAUAAAAAAAUUAAGGUUGCAUGCAUAUGAAUUGCAAAAAUUGUAAUUUCCAUUUUUGUUGGCUUUGUAGGGGAGAAUGGGUAAAUCACGAAAGUUUUUAUGAAUGUAACAAAUAUAAACCUAAGGUUGAAUAGAAAAGUGAUGAUGAAAUAAUGCUGGAAAAAUAUACUUUUUUUAGUGACAGGUUUACUGAGCAUAUUUCAAGCAUCAAGUUUAGUUUAAAAGAAGCACAAUAAAAAAUACAAGCAUUUAAAAGUUAUGAAUAAGUAAUCAACUUCUAAGAAAAUAAAUUUGAUGAUGGAGAAAUGAUGUUUUAUGAAAAUGCUUUUAACCUUGUAUUGUAAGCUAAAAGGGCUAUAGCAUAUACUUAUCCUAUUGGAUAUUAUAUUUAAGAAAACAAAAGGGAAUUCUUCGAGUUCUAGCAAGGAUAAAUAGAAGGGUAAGUAGCUAAGUUAGAGGAUAUUAUUACUUAAAUUGACUUUAAUAAUUUUUUUUAAGAUAAUUAAGAUUGUUAAUUCUUAAGUAAUAGUUUUUUGGCCUAUAGGUAAAAGGUUAUUGAUUUAACAUCUAUUCUUUAAAAAUAUUUAAAUGAAAUACUGAGAGAUUUUAAAGAU